CAGCCGGCCGGCCGGCUCCCCACGGCGGCGCCGGGAGCUGUGGCCGCCGCUGGCGCGCGAGGAGCGGGAACGCGUGCCAUGGAGGAAACGCCACCCCCACUGCAAGCCGGCAGCAAGCCGCACCUGGAGAAGUUGACCCUGGGCGUCACCCGCAUCCUAGAAUCUUCCCCAGGUGUGACAGAGGUGAGCAUAAUAGAAAAGCUGCCUGCUGAACGUCAUAUGAUUUCUUCAUGGGAACAGAAAAACAAUUGUGUAAUGCCUGAAGAUGUGAGAAACUUCUACUUGAUGACCAACGGUUUUCAUAUGACGUGGAGUGUGAAGCUAGAUGAGCAAAUCAUUCCACUGGGAAGCAUGGUGAUUAACGGCAUUUCAAAACUGACUCAACUCAUCCAAUCUUCCAUGUAUUCACUUCCUAACUCACCAACUCUGGCAGACCUAGAGGAUGAUAUUCAAGAAGACAAUGAAGACCAGCCAGAGAAGCCUCACUUUGAUAAUCGCAGUGCAAUAUUUGAGCUGGAUUCGUGCAAUGGGAAUGGGAAAGUUUGCCUUGUCUACAAAAAUGGGAAACCUGGAUUAGCUCAUGCCACUGAGAUCUGGUUCCUAGACAGAGCAUUAUACUGGCAUUUUCUCACAGAUACCUUCACGGCCUACUACCGCCUGCUCAUCACCCACUUGGGCCUGCCCCAGUGGCAGUAUGCCUUCACCCGCUAUGGCAUUAGCCCACAGGCUAAGCAAUGGUUCAGCAUGUACAAACCCAUCACCUACAACACAAACCUACUCACAGAAGAGCCUGACGCCUUUGUGAACAAGCUGGACCCCAGCAAAGUGUUCAAGAGCAAGAACAAGAUCCUAAUCCCCAAAAAGAAAGGGCCUGUGCAGCCUGCCACUGGCCAGAAGGGGCCUGGGCCCUUACCUACUCCUACCACUAAGCCUUCCUCAGGCUCUGGAAAUCCUGUCCGAAAAUAAGCAUUCCAUCAACCUCACAGUGGUAAUAGCAGAUGCACAGAUGCCCUGGGAUGGCCUGACCCUUAAACACUUUGUGACUGUAGACACUCUCCUGAGUGACCAAAGCCUUGGGCCUUUACUCCCACAAUCAUUUGGAAGGAGUUGGGAAGACCGCACUGAAUUCUCCCCCAGGGUCCUUUCCUCUGUAGUUUGUGCCAACCCUGUCUCCAAAACCAGCUAAAACUUUCAGAUGUACCUAGAGCUUUCUUAUGUCUGUAACCAGUCCUUAAUUUGUUAGCAAUAAUUAGAGAAGUGCACCCCAAAUAAAUCCAUGGCUUGAUUCAUGAAGCAUCAGUAACAACUAGUCAUGUGACCACCUCAGUUAUGAAAAUUUCACACCCUCAGUUACAUCAGCCACAUUUCUAGAAUACACAUGACAGUGGAUUUGAUAUUGGACAGCACAGAGGUGGGAAUAUUUUCUGUCAUACAAGAGUUUUAGAUGGAAUUCAUGCAGACAUUUUCAUACUGUUCUUCAGAUGAGAUAAUGUUGAUUCCUUAGUUUCAUGGGCUGUAUGCUUUGAGAAAACAGUUUCAAAGACACAGACUUGCGUUUUUUAACAACUUAUACCACAAACACAUCUCACUUGAGUCAUUUUUUUUAAAUCACCAUAAAAUACCAUCAGUUUCCUAUAAGGAGUAUUGUUUCCGGCCUUGUAUUAAUAUUUCUACAUUUGCCAAAAUCAUCUUUUGCUGUAUUUUAUCUGUUAUAUCCCCGGGCAUUUGUUUACAGAUAAAGCCAGUCUGUUCUUAAGAAUUUCUAGCUAUUUUGUUUAUUCACAGUUGGGAACUCUCUCUGCCAGCUUCGUCUAGUCUAAGCAAUAGGCUGCCUAGAAUAGUGUAAAAUGCCAACAGGUCUUUGUAAGUAAGUGUCCUGUUCAAAGGUAUUUUCUCAUAGAAACAUGAUAGCAAGAGACACUGAGCCAACCCACAGAUUUAUCUUGUAUCCAAUAUUAGGCAAAUAACAAUUUCUGUGAAGAAGGGCAUUACUCUGACUUCUAGUGAAGAAUAUCUGAUUCCUUCCUCUGCAGUCCUGGCAGUGGGCAGAAGUUACCCACCCAGCCCCAAUGUUCUUGAUGGCUGCGAUUUUUGUGCUGCAGUUUUUGUACUGAUAUUCCAGAGGUAGAAUAAUGAGUUCUGAGGAGGGACAGACUGCACCCUCCAUUUGCAAUUGGCCAACUUAUUCUUUCUUACCUUUCUAUCACGGUGAUUGUCUAGGUUUCUCUUUAUGUUGCCUCUACCCACUAGUCCCUAUUGUUCUCCACUGGUACUUCCCAACAUCACUUUGAAUAUUUACUGAAAAUUUAAAAUUCUUGUUCUGGGGCUGGAAAGAUAGCCUAGAAGUUGAGAGCAUGCACUGCUCAUGCAGAGGACCCAAGUUCACUUUCUAGUACUCUCGCCACCUGUAACUCCAAUUCCAGGAGGCUCAGUGCCCUUUCUGGCCUCCACAGGCACCUAUGCACACACAUAAAGAAGGAAUAAAAAUAUUUG